UUUACUUGAACGUCAUACCACUUUAUUGUCGCUGUUUGAAGAGUCAAAAAAUAACAAACGGUUACCUGGAAGCAUCGUCGUUGUUAUAAAGGUAGCUUUUGCUACGUACAUUCUUUUCUAUAGCUCGUUCUCCAUACUUUGUUCAGUCAUUGUAGCGACAUAGUAUUAAGCUUAGUUAUCAGGUCGAUUCAUCUCCUCGCUAUUCCUCAUUUGUGCUACUCUUCAAUAAAUUUAUGCCGACAGGUUGCAUGUUGCUGUAUUGUUGAAGCACACCACUUUUUUUCUAAUUAUCAAUAAAUAAAGAGCAAACCACUGAUAUACAAAAAGAGAGCAACACUUUUUUCUCUUAACAGUGACAAUUUCAGUGUUCCAUCACUACAUUGUACAAUUAUCCUCAUUGCUGACAAUGGAGCAGCAACAGCAACCAUUACUACCAGCGCCAUUAAUAUCCAGCACCAAAGACGAUUCAGAAACAACGUCUUUAUCGUCAUUUCUGCAAACAUCUAACCAUGCGAUCGAUUUUGUGCGCUGCCUUCCCUUUGAGCUCUUACCAUUGGUUUUUGACUCCUUUCCGAUCGAGAACCUUUUCGAGUGCAUGAAUGUGAGCCCGAGUUGGCGAUAUCGUAUAGCGCGCAGUCCAUCACUAUGGCAACAGGUUACUGUUAUUGGUGACGCCACUAAACACGAUCUGAUACCCAAACUACAACAGUCUUCGAUCGCCGCGUAUAUAAGACAGUACAAAAUCAUCGAUGGGUCCGAAAAGGAAUAUAGCCAAAGUGCCGAUUUGAUCGUUUCUGGAUGUUUAACCCGUUUACAGUCAUUAGCAAUCCAUGGUGGCCAACAAUACUGUUUCUAUGAUGACAGCAACAGCAACAACAUACUGCAGUCGAUCCAACAUUUACGAAACACAUUAACAGAGCUUGAACUGACGUGGUAUGGACGCGAUCUGUCGUCAUCUCAUUUGCCUCGGUUAUCGUCCUUGCUUUCAGGUUGCCCUAGUCUUCGACGCCUACGAGUAGAUAUGCCUGCAAUCCGUGCAAAUGACGGUGGAGACAAUGAAAAGGAAACUGGGGAUACUCUUCCUUUGUUUUUAUCCAGUAUUAACGAUGACGAGCACGGCUGGAAGCUUACGCAUCUACAGUGGUUGAUUGGAUCCAGGAAAGCCACAGCACACGAAUUUGCAUCUAUCCUUGACACGUGUCCUGCAUUAACCUAUCUUAAACUGGAUUCCUGCAAAGAGCCCACUUCGUUCUUGUCGCUGCUACUUGACAGAAAAUCUCCCAAAACUCUACGAUACCUUGCACUUAGUGCAGAACACAACAAAUCAUUUGAGAAUCAUUACUGGAACGACGACGGUAAUGUGGGCAGUGAAGAAGCACGAGCAGUGAAGCAACAUCAGCAUUGCUAUAACUUGAAAGCACUGGCCAUACCAUGCCUGAACGAAAUAGACUGGAUCAACCUUACAAAUUUCAUGAUGAUGAUGAAUCGGAUACAAGACUUGACCAUUCUACAUGGCGAUCACCAUGCUUUCGAUUUGGCUCGUUUAUUACGUGUGUAUCACGGCAAACAGCUACGGCUACGUCAUACGGGUCUGAGAUACCAGUACAUCUCCACCAUCCAUGCGCGUGUUUCAUUUAAUUACAGUAGUCAGCUGAAUAGACAGCGCAAAACAACAGUUAUUACAUCCACGUUUUGUCGAGACUACAUGGUCCAAUGUCCAUGGUUCAUGAACCAGCUUAAAUCCAGUAGCUUUGCAGUCUCCACCUUAUCGCUUGGGUUCUCACAAUGCUUUAUCCUCGAUUCCUGCCUGCGUCGGCUUUUGGACGGCUUCCCCUGCUUACAAGAAAUCGACAUUGACAAUUGCGUACUUGAGUCUACUACCUUGACAGACCUUAUUGAUGGACUCGCCGCGGGCAGUGAAGAUGGCUGUAGUAGUGACGAAGAAACGAUCACCAGUCAAGAUAAUCUCCAGUAUCACCACCGCCACCUGUUGUCGUUGCCACCUCCAAUGAAGCAUAUCAGUUUUGGAUCGAUACCAGGUCUCACAGACAGUUUGGUUGCCACCUUGGCGGAAAUCCAUAGUCUGAAGCAGGUGACCUUGUCUUGCUGCUACUCGGUCACAGAUCAAGGCGUACGUGAUCUGGUCGAUAAGAGUGGUAUUGAGUUGGAACAAGUGGUUAUUCGUGAUUGUAAACAAGUUUCAUAUAUGACCACAGAGUAUAUCCAGAAAAAGCUUGAGUCACGUAGUCGUAAAGGACUAGCUUAUUACUACGAUGCUUGUAUCUUAUAGUUGUAGCAGUAAAAGAGAAAUCUUUCUCUAUUAUAUAAUUCUCACUUUCACGCUAAAAAAUAUGUAUCUACUGUAUUAAAUUGAUUUUUAUUAAACCUUGUUAUUUGACGAGUACAUGAGGUUCAUGGUGGGGCUGCUUAGCACCA